AUGAAGUCCAACUAUCUCUGCGGCAUAUCCUGCUGGCAUCCAGCCUGGCUGCAGCGUUUUGCCACCCCGAAGUCGUUCAUCCUGGUCUACGGCUUUCUCGGAACCGUGCAAGCGAUGGCGUACAUCUACUUCGUCAUCACGCUUACGACGUUGGAGAAACGAUUCAAAAUUCCGUCCUCGACCACCGGAAUCAUCCUCAGUGGUAAUGAAAUAUCGCAGAUACUUCUCUCGUUGAUCCUAUCGUACGUGGGAGGCCAUCGAAAUCGUCCCCGUUGGAUUGCAUGGGGUGUCGUCUUUUGUGCACUGUCCUGCUUUAUCCUCGCCAUGCCGCACUUCAUCUACGGUGCUGGCGAUGAGGCGCUGCGGCUCACGAAGGAGUACAUCCGCGAGCAAGAAGAGGACGAGGCGCGCAUCCGGACGAACCAGACCGCGGUAAAGAGUGCCAACCGGCUGUGCCUGGACACGUCUUCGCCAAAGGAAUGCCUCGAAACGAUCUCGGUCAUCCCGCUCAUUCUGAUCUUCAUGUCGCAGUUUGUGCUCGGCAUCGGUAACACGCUGUACUACUCGCUCGGGCAGACGUAUCUGGACGAUAAUACGAAGAAAACCAACACGCCACUCAUGCUGGCGUACGCUUCCUCGCUGCGGACCUUCGGACCGGUGGUAGGGUUCGCACUCGGAUACUUUGCGCUGAAGAUCUACAUCGAUCCAACGAAGACGCCCAUCAUCGACAGUUCUGAUCCGCGGUGGUUGGGCGCCUGGUGGUUAGGUUGGAUAUUGCUCGGUGUGGCGAUGCUCUUUUUCGCCAUUCUCAUCGGGAUGUUCCCGAAGGAGAUACCGAAGAAAUCCCCGCCGAACGCAAAGCGGCCCAACUCCAACAUGCCUGUGAUACUGAUGCACGAUGCGGAAGCCUUUGGCAAGGAGAAGCAAAGUCUCAGUAAACCCCGGCAAGUGCGCCCUGCUCCGCCAGAGCCCGUGUCCGACUAUGUCGAGAGUAUCGUGGAAUUCCCCAAGCUAAAUGACUUCCCAAUGGCACUGAUGCGCUUGAUCAAGAACAAGCUGCUCAUGUUCAACAUUUUGUCCGGGAUUUUCUACAUUCUCGGCUCGAGCGGCUACAUCACCUUCCUUAGCAAGUACAUCGAGGUGCAGUUCCACAAAUCCACGGCCAACGCCACCGUCAUCACCGGGCCAAUAACCCUGUUCGGCAUGGUGGCCGGUUUCCUAAUCUCCGGUAUCGUCAUCUCGAAGAAGAAGCCGUCCCCUCGGAAGCUACUCUUUUGGAACGUGAUCGUCGGGGUGGGCUAUAUGGCCGGGCAGAUCUCUUACCUCUUUCUGACCUGUCCCGAUGGUACGAUGCCGCUGGUGAAGGGUCGGCUGAACCUGACGACGGAGUGCAACAGCCGUUGCCAUUGCGAUGGUGUCGCGUACAGCCCGAUCUGUCAGGAGGACACGGGUAUCACAUUCUUCUCCGCUUGUCACGCCGGAUGCGAGAACUGGAACACCAGCAUGAAGUACUACGAUCAAUGCUCGUGUCAAAAUGAAAACUACUCGCCCAUUACGAAGCUGCCCUGGGAGCGGACGACGAAUCCUUUCUACACAACGCACGCCGGUGUAACAGACGAGAACUUCUCAACAACCGCAGCCUAUCGAGAGACGUCAACCGUUACGAUCAGCGCCGCAGGUCUAACGACCGCCUUUGUCAUGGACCAUCCCCUAACUACUCCAGAAUCAGCCGACACAAUAAAGCUUCUGGCGGGAAACGAAACCACAGUCAACUACACGCUUACCCAUGGGGAUCAACACGAUUCGCGGUACAUCGAAGCGGGCUCUGGUGAACGACCAUCAGAAGCGGAUACAGAUGAGAAUCCUAUGGGGGAAAAGGAAGAUGCUUCGCCGUCCACUGACAAUACCAUUACGGUGACAGACGCCACAACGAUCGCUGAAGCGGCUCGUCGAAGAAAGCGAGCUACCGAAACGAUCGACACAGAGCCGACAACAACGACGAGCCCACCGGAUAGCGUCCUGUAUGCGGCUAAGCUCGUUCCAGGAGCAUGCCUGAAGGGAUGUGCUCUCGGUUUCUACCUUUUUUCGAUCAUUUCCAGCAUCAUCAACUGCCUCGGUGCCUCCGGUAGAAUCGGCAAUCUUUUGGUGAACUAUCGGUGCGUUUCGAAGCAAGAUAAAUCCUUCACGCAAGGACUCAUCCUUAUGAUGAUUAGUCUGUUCGCCCUCAUCCCUGGCCCAAUCAUUUACGGUCGCAUCAUCGACAGUACGUGUCUGGUGUGGACGGAGGAAUGUGGGAAGCGUGGAAACUGUCAACUAUACGAUCAAAAGAUGUUCCGAUAUUAUAUCAACAUUACGGCGCUCUGUCUCACAUCCGUCGGGGUAUUUUUCGACGGACUCGUUUGGUGGUACGGCAAGACGUUGGAUUUGUACGGAGAGCGGGAGAUGGCUGAGCAACAGCAAAGGCAGCAACAGUCGCAGAGCCACAAAAUUAACCCGGAAUCGAUCAGCAAUCAAGCGUUCAAACAGGACACUCGAUAGAUAGGAGCGUGACCUGCAUCAGUGAGCUAUGUACAUUAUGUAUUACCUUCUGUGUUUGUUUGUGUCUUGUUAAUUUUUUUUUAAUUUUCAAAUAAGAGAUAAGGCGCACAAUGCGUGGGGUGGUGCAUUUUCUUGUUUAUUUACGUCUCCCCCACCCAGGUGGUGGGAGAGGGAGGGUUGGGACCUCAUCCUAGGAGGAGAAUGACCCGGUAAGAAUUCGGUAGAAAUAAAGCAACGAUGUUAUUCCAUCCAUGAAAGCCCGGAAAGUUGAGCAAUCAAAGGUUAAUGUGAAAUUCAACGAACCAAUAACACAAGGCGAUGAUUCAUUGACAUCAUCUGAUACAGCCAAUUGAAACAACAACCUCUAAUUGAUAACAGCACCUCUAAACAUAAAUUAAGAAGAAAUUACCGAAGGUUGAAUGUUUUUUGCCGUUCAAUCCCAACUUUCGAACUGCCUCGAAAGAACAAAACAAUUAUAGGGUUUUUAC